CACCGUGGGACUUUUUGUAGGAAUUCAUAUUAACCACCCAGACUCCUCUAUCUCCUGACUGACAUGUUGCGAUGUUCCGUGCAGCCUUACAAAACGUGGACUUGCUUUGGGUGAUUUUGUUUUAUUUGGUUUUUCUACCGAGGACUGGCUGUAGAUCAGCCGAUGCAGACAGCUGUCAUGAGGUGAAGACAGCCUACAUGAUGCGCCAAAUAGGCCCAGUGGAGCUCGUGCCAGACAGGCCGGGAACAGAUGAGUCUCUGCGAGUGUGCGUCCACCCUGGGCCCAGCUGCUGUACCAGCAAAAUGGAGGACAGCUACAUGGCGGCUGUUCGCAGCGAGACGCAGCAGAAGAUGCGAUCUUACAGUUUUGAGCUUAAAUACCUGAUCGCUGGACACACCAAGGCCUACCAAGAGACCUUCGAGUCGCUCGUGUCCUUCACAUCUAACCUGACCAGCACUCUGUUUGACAGCGCCUACUCUGCUCUGACAUCUGACUGCCGCCCGCUCGUGCUUCAGCUGUUCAGCGACAUCAAACGCCACCUUUCAGGAGAUUCAAAUUCCUCAUUGGACAGCACCGUGCGUCGGUUCUACAACGAUCUUUUCCCGUUGGUGUACCGCCGCCUGCUGAACCCCGGGAUCGGCCACAUGUCGCCCAAGUCCCCUCCCUCCCCUAAUCAUAACGACUGCCUGAGGAUGACACGGCAGGAUGUCAGCCCGUUCGGACCCCAUCCUCGCCUCUUGGUCAGCAGCUUGUCCCGUGCGCUCGGGUCGGGCCGAGCACUGAGCCGACUGCUGAUACUGGCUGGAGAGGUGGUGAAUGCGACGGAGAAGGCAACGUUAUCCAGAGAGUGUGGGCGAGGCUUAGUGAGGAUGCAGUACUGCUCCCACUGCAGAGGGAUGACACUGAUACGGCCCUGCACCGGCCUGUGUGUCAACGUUAUGAGAGGAUGUCUGGUGGGUGUAUCAGAGCUUGGCGCCCCCUGGGGGAGAUUGGUGGUGUUGCUCCAGCGGUUAGCUGCCGCCUUAGCUACCAGCAGCAACCACAACAGCAUGGAGCUAGCUCUGUUAGCCGUCCGAAAUCAUGUGAAUGAUGCCAUACUGCACGCUCAGCUGCACGGGCCACGCAUCACAGCCACAGUGGAGAAGGUGUGUGGACCCCAGGCAGCUGGUCCCAUGACGCCAACUGAAAAUCCCACUACCUCGCAUAUUACAGCCUCUGUGAGCCCGACUACACCAGUAACCUCAGAGAGGUCAAAUGUGACAUCGCCUCCCUCGGUGGGUCCGGCUGUUCAUCAACGUCUGCAGCCGCAAACCCGGAGGUCAUUCUUUCUGAAAGGCUCCAGAGGAGACAAGAGUCGCAGCCUGAAAAAACUGUCCAGGGAGUUUGAGGGCUCGAUCCAGCGGUACCAGUGGUUCUUCUCAGAGCUGCCAGAGAUGCUUUGUGAAAGCGAGAUGGAGGUUGAGCAGCACACAUGCUGGAGUGGCCAAGACGUUGUAGAGAGUUAUGCAGGUCGUGUGGUUGGCAGCAGUUUAAAAGGCCAGAAGGAAAACCCAGAGAUGACCGUCCGUAAUACAGAUCCUGUCCUGAAGGGGGCGAAGCAGAGGCUGGAACAGCUAACACAGGAGCUGUUAGUGGACCUCGGCUGGGCGAGCAAAACCAGAGGAAAGGUAGAGGAAGAGGAGGGAGGGAGCGCGCAGACAGAGAGAGGCAGCGGAGAUGACUGCGAUGAUGAAGAUGGCUGCGAAGCAUCUGGUGGGGAGAACGGCGAUGAGACAGAUGAUUCGUCCAGCGGUCAUAGACCAACAACAAAGGACAUGGCUCCUCCUUCUCCUCGUCGCCCUGUCCCUCCUCAUCACCUCUCACCUCCACAAGUUGCCGUUCGAGGCGCGGCCCACACAUUGUCUGUUGGACCUUUGACCCUGGCAACCCUCCUGCUCCUGCUGCUGUCACCAUGGGAACACCGCUGAUCAGCGAGAGACGGUGUGACAGAGACAAAAAGACUGAGAGACAACCACACGUGUUUGGUGGUGAAGUUGAGCAUUUGUAAGCACAGAUCAGCCACUCUGAUUGUUUUUGUUGUGGGUGGGUGAAGCUGUGGGUUCAUCACAGUUGCAGGUGCACAGUAUGCAUUUUUAUGUUACCUGUACUGACCUCUACAUGUGUUUG